AUGAGCUCCAUGCUCGUUGUCCCUCCAUGCGAUCCGUACGCCGAUGCAGGUUUCCUCAUUAUGGCGCCGAGUGAUUGGGUGCCCAUGUCUGGGUCUAAUACUAUUUACACUGCGACGGUUUUGCUUGAGACGGGGAUGAUUCCUUUGAAGGAGCCAUAUACUGAGGUCAGGUGGGAUACUGCUGGGGGUCUGAUUACUGCGACCGCGGAGUGUGAGGGUGGUCGGUGCAAGUCUGUGUCGUUUGAUAAUGUUCCGGCUUUUGUGUAUGCCAUUGACAAGGAGAUAUCUCUUCCUGAGGUUGGAAGUGUGCCUGUUGACAUUGCGUAUGGAGGUCAGUGGUAUGUCAUUGUCCAGGCUUCGGACCUGAGUAUUGCUGUCCAGGCUUCGGAUGGAGAUCGGCUGAUCGACCUUAGAAAGCGACUGAAGGAGGCGGUGCUGGCUCAGUGCAUGCCCACGCACCCAGAGAAUCCUGCUAUCUGCGGUAUCAUCAAUCUUAUUAUCAGUGAGCCGCUGGUUGAUGAGGAUGGGAAGAAGUCAGUGAAGCAUACUGUUAUCGUUACUCCUGGGGGUUAG